AUGGGCGCCGCUUACCAGAUCCUCGGAAAAUCCGUCCAGCCCCACGUGUUGUCGCUCGCCACCUUGGGCCUUGUGGCUUUCGUGGCCAUGCCAAAGCCUUGGGGUCCAGCCAAACCAACCACACCAGCUAUCAACGCUUCGUCCAAGGAGGAGGAGAAGUUUGUCCAGGACUUCUUGGCUAAGCACCUUGAAAAAUCUGCUGAAAAGCACUAG